ACCAAGAUGGCAGCCGCCUGCAGUCUUCGCUGGAGCCUGCGCAGAGUCGGGGCAUGGCUGCCAUCGCACCGGGCAUUGCACAGGCGGGUAGACGGCACCGAGUUCAAGAGCAUCUACAGCCUGGACAAGCUCUACCCCGAGUCCCGGGGCUCCGACACCGCCUGGAGGGUCCCGAAUGAGGCCAAGCAAGCCAGCAGCGACAUUCCUCUAGAUCGCUUGAUGAUAUCCUACAGUCGGAGCAGUGGUCCUGGGGGCCAGAACGUAAACAAAGUGAAUUCAAAGGCUGAAGUCAGGUUCCACCUUGCAAGCGCUGAAUGGAUUGCAGAGCCUGUGAGACAGCAGAUAGCCCUAAGGCACAGAAAUAAAAUCAACAAGGCAGGCGAGUUGAUUCUCACCUCUGAAUGCAGCCGCUACCAGUUCCGCAAUCUGGCCCAGUGCCUCCAGAAAAUACGAGACAUGAUUGCCGAAGCCAGCCAGCCGGCGCCGGAGCCGUCCCAAGAGAGUGCUGCCCUGCACAAGGCCAGGGUGGAGAAUAUGAACCGGGAGAGGCUGAGACAGAAGAGAAUAAACGCUUCCAUCAAGACCAGCCGGAGAGCCGAUGUGGACUGAGAUAUCUAUCGGAACCCUCGUCUGUCCAGAGCUGGAA